AUGGCUCCUCCAGCUGCCGAUAUUGACCUUGCUUCCAACCAGGCUAGCACUAUCCCCGUGCCGGUUAACAAAGGACCACAGUCAAGUCUACUCAAAGAGCCUUUGAAAUAUUCUGGCUCUCUCGAUAAAUACAAGUCCUUCGAUGUUACCAAUGUUAUUGGCAGAGAGUUUCCAGAACUGCAACUCAGCGGGAUCCUGCACGACGACAACCAAAUUCGGGACUUGGCCAUAACCGUCUCUCAGCGAGGUGUAGUGUUCUUCCGUAACCAGAACCUCAAUAUCGACGACCAAAAGAUUCUUGGUCAGAAGCUGGGAGAGCUUACUGGAAAGCCUGCUACAUCGAAGCUUCAUCGUCACGCUCUCUCGAAUAGCAAGCGAGGCAUCGCAGUUGACGAAAAUGGCAAGCUUGAUGAUGAAGUCUCUGUCAUCUCUUCGGAGCAAAACCGCAAGUUCUACAAGGAUCGCUACCCUGCAGAAUCCAAGAAAUUGGCUAGCGAAGGAUGGCAUGCCGAUAUCACCUUCGAGCGGAUCCCCUCUGAUUAUGCAAUCCUCAAAAUUAUAAGCAAGCCUGAGGAUGCCGGUGGUGAUACCUUGUGGGCUUCAGGUUAUGAGCUUUACGAUCGACUGUCACCAGCUAUUCAAAAACUAGCAGAAUCCUUGACUGCCACUCAUUAUCAGCCGGCAUUCAACGAGGUUGCGAAGAAGUUUGGAGAAGAACUAAUUGACCAGGACCGUGGAGCUCCAGAAAACACCGGCCUUGACUUCACCGCUUCGCACCCGGUAGUACGUACAAAUCCAGUUACAGGCUGGAAGAGUCUCUUCGGAGCCGGCCAUCAGGUUGCGGCAGGUUGGAUUGACAACGUCACACCCAGAGAAAGCGAGAUCCUGAAGGAUUACUUCUUGCAGUUGAUCACGGACAACCAUGAUCUGCAGGUGCGCUUCCGAUGGAAUGAGAAUGAUCUUGCCAUCUGGGACAAUCGUUCCGUGUUCCACACAGCAACCAAUGACUAUACCGGCAAGCGUCAAGGCAACCGUGUUGUUUCCCUCGGAGAGAAGCCUUACUUCGAUCCUAACUCGGUCUCGCGUCGUGAGGCACUUCGCGCCGCGGCCUAG